AUGGCCAUGGGAUUUACCACCUUUGCCCCUGAAAAUUCAACUCAGAAACCUUUGCUGCUUCUGCUGUGGCUAAGUUUGGUAGUUUUCUCUGAGUUACACACAACUGUAGGCCCUGACACAAAGAUGUAUUUGCACAAAAACAACAUAAUUCAUGACCUCCGAUGUGAUUUUUAUGAGCUAUUUGGACAUUACCGAUUACUUUGGAAGCUUCCAGAUGCAGAGAACAAAGAAGACAUUCCGUUCCAAAAACCCUCGCCCUCCUUCCCAAAUCCGUCCCUCCUCGAUCCACUGUUGCUUUGGCCCCGACGUGUCAAGGAAGGCGCGUCGGAAGGUGGAGUGCUAGCGUUGAUGAUUAGAGAGCGAGCCGUAAACCCCCGCACACGUCCUCAAACAAAAGGCUCAGCAGCGGCGCCCCCGACGGCGGGGAGCCGACUGGCUCCUCCGGCCCCGGCGCGGGGCGGACUCUGGCCCGCCUUCCUCCCGGGAUUCGGAACCUGCUCCCGCACGGCGGGCUCUGCACACGCUCCGCGAUCUGCACACGGGGGUUUCCUGACCACCGGCUGCCCAAGCGUGGGGCCGUUCGUCCACUUACCCUCGGAGCACGUCCUGCUGUCCUCGCCUGCGGACGCGGCUGGCGGCCGCGGCACCCUCCUCCCGGUACUCCGGUGCCAGAAACCCGCCUUCGGAGCCCGCUGUAGCGGGCCGGACCUGUUGCGGCGGCGGCUGGGGCCGAGGAGGCUUGGGAAGCGAGGGCUGGGACUGGCCGGCCGUGCCCUGCGCCCAGAGCGCCACGCAGCCCAGCCACACGAAGUAGGGCUGGAGACACAGCCGCCGGCGUCUCCCCAUCGCCGGCGCCAAAAGCGCGCGGCCCGAGACCCGCGGAGAGGGAGUGAUCAAAGGCAAAAUCUGCGCCGCCCAGAAAAAAUGUCAGGGUCUAAUAAGCCCUUCGUCGGCUUCCGGCGACUCCAGGACCGCCAGCGGGCGGGGGCGGGAAAUUACAAAAGUAACCCGAGCAGCCCUGGCGUAAAGUUACAAAGAAAGUGGACCUCAAAAGAAAAAAGGGCCUGCAUGCAGCAGCUCGGCGGAUUCCCGUGCGCUCCGGGCACAGAUCUUGGAAAGCUGCAAAAGUCACCAGAAAGGCGCAGGCAAGCAAACAAAAGUCGCCCCCAAAACAAGAGGAGGGUCCACCUCUGGGCUCACUCGGAGUCCCACGGGGCAGCGACGUGCGGGCAGCGGCUGCAGAGCCGGGCGGCGGUGCGCGGGGCCCGGGGCUAGCGGCCGGCGAGAGAGAGGGCGGGAGGCUGGACGCCAGGGA